AUGUUUGUCCGGGUAGGGUUUGUUGUUGCUGCUUCCAUUGCAGCAUUAGCUGUUAAGCAGCUCAACGGUAAACCCUCCAAACCGAGCAAACCGCCAGUCUUACUCUUGGAAAAUGGCGAAGGAGAAGAAGAUAAAGAGGAGACUGUGUAUCCCAACAACAAUCUCAAUGAUAAGAAUGUGGAAGAGGAGGAGGAAGAAGAAGAAGAAGUGAAGCUGAUCAACAGUGUGAUCAAUCAGAGCCGUGGAAGCUUCUCCGACUAUUUAGAUGAUGAGAUUGAAGAUCUUUUAUCCGGUGAGAUUGAGUAUCCACUGCCUAUUGAUGAUAACACCUUGGAGAAAGCAGAGAAAGAGAGGAGAUUCGAGAGCGAGAUGGCUUAUAACGACAGCGAGCUAGAGAGGCUGAGACAGUUAGUCAAAGAGCUGGAAGAAAGAGAAGUGAAGCUAGAAGGAGAGUUGCUUGAGUACUACGGACUCAAAGAGCAAGAAUCUGAUAUCGUUGAGUUGCAAAGACAGCUCAAGAUCAAGACUGUUGAGAUAGAUAUGUUGAACAUCACUAUCAACUCUCUGCAAGCGGAGAGGAAGAAGCUUCAAGAAGAGAUCUCUCAGAACGGUGUUGUGAGGAAAGAGCUUGAAGUUGCGAGAAACAAGAUCAAGGAGCUGCAGAGGCAGAUCCAGAUGGACGCUAACCAGACGAAAGGACAGCUGCUGUUGCUUAAGCAGCACGUCUCUAGUCUUCAGAUGAAAGAAGAGGAAGCCAUGAAUAAAGAUACAGAGGUUGAGAGGAAGUUGAAAUCUGUGCAGGAGUUGGAGGUGGAAGUCAUGGAGCUCAAGAGGAAAAACAAAGAGCUUCAAUAUGAGAAGAGAGAGCUAACGAUCAAACUCGAUUCCGCUGAAGCAAGAAUCUCAGCUCUCUCAAACAUGACCGAGAGUGAUAAAGUGGCGAAAGUGAGAGAAGAAGUUAACAAUCUGAAGCACAGCAAUGAGGAUUUGUUAAAGCAAGUGGAAGGGCUUCAGAUGAACAGGUUUAGUGAAGUUGAGGAACUGGUUUACCUCCGUUGGGUCAAUGCCUGUUUACGUUACGAGCUAAGAAACUACCAGACACCAGCCGGUAAGAUCUCAGCUCGUGACUUGAGCAAGAACCUAAGCCCUAAGUCUCAAGCGAAGGCCAAACGGCUGAUGCUAGAGUACGCUGGCUCAGAACGUGGCCAAGGAGAUACAGACGUGGAGAGCAACUUCUCUCAGCCUUCAUCUCCUGGAAGCGAUGACUUCGACAACACGUCAAUGGACAGCUCCACUAGCAGACUCAGCAGCUUCAGCAAGAAACCGGGACUGAUGCAGAAACUCAAGAGAUGGGGCAAGAGCAAAGACGACUCGAGCGUCCAGUCAUCGCCUUCAAGAUCUUUCUAUGGAGGAUCACCGGGGAGACUUAGCUCCAGCAUGAACAAACAGAGAGGUCCUUUAGAGUCUUUAAUGAUAAGAAACGCAGGAGAGUCAGUAGCCAUAACAACAUUCGGUCAAGUUGAUCAAGAAGCUCCUGAAACUCCGAAUCUUGCAAGAAUCAAAACACAACCUUCUUCUUCUCCUGGUGAGGCUUUGAACUCCGUUGCGUCGUCGUUUCACGUCAUGUCUAAAUCUGUUGACAACGUUUUGGAUGAGAAGUAUCCGGCGUAUAAAGACAGGCACAAGCUGGCGGUUGAGAGAGAGAAGCACAUUAAGCACAAAGCUGAUCAAGCGAGAGCAGAGAGAUUCGGAGGUAAUGUUGCUUUGCCUCCUAAACUUGCUCAGCUCAAGGAGAAGUCAGUUUCUGUUCCCUCCAAGACCAUGACUGUGACCACAAGUGAUCAGUCUAACGACGGUAACGACGUUAAAGCAACUGAAAACGUUCAGGCUGUGACCAAAAUGAAGCUUGUAGACAUUGAGAAACGACCUCCAAGAGUACCUCGUCCGCCUCCAAGAUCAUCCGGAGGAGGUACUACUCUGCCUUCACCAAGACCUCCUUUACCUGGCGGUGGACCACCGCCGCCUCCUCCACCGCCUGGAGGUGCGCCUAGGGCUCCAGGUGGUGGACCUCCGCCGCCGCCACCUCCUCCUGGAGCACUUGGAAGAGGAGCUGGGAGCGGGAGCAAAGUUCACAGAGCUCCUGAGUUAGUUGAGUUUUAUCAGUCGUUGAUGAAACGUGAAGCGAAGAAAGAUGGUGCGCCUUCUUUGAUCUCUUCAGGAACUGGUAACUCGUCUGAAGCUAGGAGCAAUAUGAUUGGAGAAAUCGAGAACCGUUCAACGUUCCUCUUAGCAGUAAAAGCAGAUGUGGAGACGCAAGGAGACUUUGUUCAGUCGUUAGCUACUGAAGUUAGAGCUGCUUCUUUCACCAGUGUUGAAGAUCUCUUGGCGUUUGUUAGCUGGCUUGAUGAAGAGCUCUCCUUCUUGGUUGAUGAAAGAGCGGUGCUUAAACACUUUGAUUGGCCAGAAGGUAAAGCUGAUGCGCUAAGAGAAGCAGCUUUUGAGUAUCAAGAUCUCAUGAAGCUGGAGAAGCAAGUGACUUCUUUUGUCGAUGAUCCUAGUCUUCCUUGUGAACCUGCUUUGAAGAAGAUGUACAAGUUGCUUGAGAAGGUUGAACAGAGUGUUUACGCGCUUUUACGUACAAGAGACAUGGCGAUUUCACGGUAUAAAGAAUUCGGAAUCCCAGUUGAUUGGUUAUCUGAUUCUGGCGUUGUAGGAAAGAUCAAGCUUUCCUCGGUCCAGCUGGCGAAGAAGUACAUGAAACGAGUAGCUUAUGAGCUUGAUUCAGUGAGUGGAUCUGAUAAAGAUCCUAACAGAGAGUUCUUGCUUCUCCAAGGUGUUCGUUUCGCUUUUAGAGUCCAUCAGUUUGCUGGAGGAUUUGAUGCAGAGAGCAUGAAAGCAUUUGAAGAGCUUAGAAGCAGGGCCAAAACUGAAACUGGAGGAGACAGUAAUAAUAAUGACAAUGAAGAAGAAUCUGUAAACUGA